AUGAAGUUUACAAAACUAGUAUUCAUCGCGUUAGUUGUAGCGUUUUUGUCAUGUCCGGGUCCGAUCAAAUCAAGCAUGGUGAAACCUGAGUCUACGAGAGCACCAUGCACCGAGAUUGAGAUCACAGGAUGCACAUCAGCCAUCUUGGGAGGCAAACCAACGACACAGUGUUGCGACACAUUGAAAGCACAACAACCAUGCUUUUGUGCUUUCAAACAGACCCCAGCUUUUAAAAACCUCAUUAAAUCCCAGCAAGCUCACGCGAUGCUAGCGGCUUGUGGUAUUCCUUAUCCUACUUGUUGGAAUUGA